UCGGUUUACUUAUGGAUGUGUGUGUGCGUAGAAGUGGGCUGGGGUUUCUCUGAGAGAGCCUCACGCUUUAUCUUGUGCAAACGGAGUGGACGUAGUAAAAAAUGGAGGGAGAUGUUGAAGUUGCCGCCUGUUAGUCAGUGUGAAGGUAUUAGAUGCUCAAUUGAAAAAGAUUAUAAUCAGCUUUGUGACAAACAGCCAAUAGGAAGACUUCUCUUCAGGCAGUUUUGUGAUUCCAGACCGGACUUGAAAAGAUGCAUUGAAUUUCUGGAUGCAGUGGCAGAAUAUGAGGUAUCUUCAGAUGAAAAGCGCAUAGACUGCGGCCUGAAAGUCUUGGAGACCUACUUCACUAACGGGUCUGCAGCACACUUGCCAGAAAUACCUCAGGAAACAGUAAAUGAAUGUAAAGCAAGACUGGAAGAGAAUCCUUCUAAAGAUCUUUUUGUGGAUUGUACUAGAAUUGUCCAUGAAUACCUAAGCAGGAGACCUUUUGAAGCUUACCAAGAAAGUGUGUAUUUUUCCCGGUUCUUACAGUGGAAAUGGCUGGAGAAGCAACCAGUAACCAAACACACGUUUAGGCAUUACCGGGUACUUGGCAAAGGUGGAUUUGGAGAGGUGUGUGCUUGUCAAGUACGUGCAACAGGAAAAAUGUAUGCUUGUAAGAAGCUAGAAAAAAAGAGAAUAAAAAAGAGGAAAGGAGAAUCCAUGGCUCUAAAUGAAAAAAGAAUUCUGGAAAAAGUGAAUAGUAGGUUUGUAGUUAGUUUAUCCUAUACAUACGAGACAAAAGAUGCCCUGUGUUUAGUGUUAACCAUAAUGAAUGGAGGGGAUUUGAAGUUUCACAUAUAUAACAUGGGAAAUCCUGGCUUUGAUGAAGAAAGGGCUAUUUUCUAUGCUGCAGAACUGUGCUGUGGUCUGGAAGAUUUGCAGAAGGAGAGAAUUGUUUACAGAUCAUAGUGAAGUGUGCUGUAA